GCCGCAUCAGCCUUCCCGUCCCCCCGCCAAUCUCCUCCCCUCCAAUCGCACGCCCGCGCCCACGUGAACCCCUCUCAUCGCUUUUCCUCUCCGCCUCCGCACACCGCGUCCAUGCGCCGCCGCCUCACGGGUGAAGCCGUGGCGGCGUUGCGGUUGCCGUGAGCGGUGCAUGGGCGCGGUGCAGCGAGCGGGCGGGGCGGGGCGGUGUCCUCAUCCAUGCUGCAUGUAUAUAUAGGGCGCUUCCCUGUCGACUCUGCACGCCUUAUCGCCACACACAACACAACACGCAGAAGGAGAUUGCAGCGGAGGCAUAGACUUCCAAAGGAAGAACAGAAGAAGAGAAUAAUAAAAAAAGGGCUCGUGGGAGGGAGGGAGGAAGGAAGAGGAGGAGGAGGUCAAUUCAAGCACUAGUCGUUUAAUUGGGAGAGACCGAGAGAAAAAUGGCUCUGGGAGAUGACUCCCCUGCCUCUUACAUCCACAUGGUGCAGCACCUGAUAGAGAAAUGCAUGACGUUCGGGAUGAGCAUGGAGGAGUGCAUGGAGACGCUGUCGAAGCGUGCCGACGUGCAGCCCGUCGUCACCUCCACAGUAUGGAAGGAGCUGGAGAAGGAGAACAAGGAGUUCUUCGACAAGUACAAGCAGUUGAGAUCAGAAAAGGGAGGCGUGAGCAGCUCCUGAUUAAUUAACCAGGAGAUCGAUUAGAUGCAUGCAGCUAGCCAGUUAAUUGUGAUAAUUAAGCUAGCAUCCAUCCCUUUAUUAGUUUCUAAUUAGAUUUUAUUGUACUACUUAGAAAAUAAGAGUGGGAGGUUGAUCGAUCAGGCUAGCUAGCUGCUGGCUAUAUAUGGUGGUGCAUGCGUGUACAGGGGUUGGCAAGGAAGCAGCCAUCUGAUCUGAUCAUCGCUAUAAUGGCGCUAUAUGUAGCUCCCGAACUGUAUCCAUCGUCAAUCUUAUCUCCGAGAUCACGGUUCAGCCUA